GGGCGUGCUGUCGUCGUCUUCGCCUCCUUCGCCGUCGUCUUUUAGAGGAGCUGCUCACAUAGAAGCAGCAGCUGGUGUGCUCAACAGUCAGCCGAAUAUUGUUCGCUGUUACGCUCAAAGUUGAAAGAAAUUUUUCAAAAAGAUACCAAAAUGGAAGUCGAAAUCGGCGAACCUAUACAACCGCGCAACAGUUGGAAGCACUUCUUUGGCAACCAUUGGAAGGGCCUGGUAGUCUUUCUUGUUCCACUACUAUGUCUACCCGUCAUACUUUUGCACGAUACUCCCGCAUACCGUUGCAUGUACUUGCUCAUGAUAAUGGCCUCCUUUUGGGUCACCGAAGCCUUGCCGCUAUAUGUCACCUCCAUGAUACCCAUUGUGGCUUUUCCAGUUAUGGGGAUAAUGAGCUCUGAUGUGACAUGCCGCUUGUAUUUUAAAGAUACUCUGGUUAUGUUUAUGGGCGGCAUUAUGGUGGCCCUGGCCGUGGAAUACUGCAAUCUGCAUAAGCGAUUGGCCUUGCGAGUUAUACAAAUUGUGGGCUGCAGUCCCAGAAGAUUACACUUUGGUCUGAUUUUCGUUACCAUGUUUUUGUCCAUGUGGAUCUCAAAUGCUGCCUGUACGGCUAUGAUGUGUCCCAUUAUUCAGGCCGUGCUCGAGGAACUCCAAGCGCAAGGUCUGUGCAAAAUCUAUCACGAGCCCCAGUAUCAAAUCGUCGGAAGCAAUAAGAACAAGAGCACUGAGGAUGAACCUCCUUAUCCCACGAAGAUCACUCUGUGCUACUAUCUGGGUAUCGCUUAUGCAUCAUCCCUCGGCGGCUGCGGCACAAUUAUCGGCACCGCGACCAAUUUGACCUUCAAGGGUCUGUACGACACUCGUUUCCCCACAUCUACGGAACAUUUGGAUUUCCCAACCUUCAUGUUCUACGCUGUGCCCUCCAUGCUGGUCUACACAUUCCUCACAUACAUAUUCCUGCAAUGGCACUUCAUGGGUCUGUUCCGUCCAAAGAGCAAGGAGGCACAGGAGGUGCAGUUGGGAAAGGAUGGCGCCGAUGUUGCUAAGAAGGUCAUCGAUCAGCGUUACAAGGAGUUGGGUCCCAUGAGCAUACACGAAAUUCAAGUUAUGAUUCUCUUCAUAAUCAUGGUGGUCAUGUACUUCACCCGCAAGCCGGGCAUCUUUCCUGGCUGGGCCGAUUGGUUGAACACCAAGGACAUUCGUAACUCUAUGCCGACCAUUUUCGUUGUGAUCAUGUGCUUUAUGCUGCCCGCCAACUAUGCCUUCCUGCGCUACUGCACCCGCAAGGGACCGGUGCCUAAUGCACCCACACCCUCGCUGAUUACCUGGAAGUUCAUUCAGACCAAGGUGCCAUGGGGACUGGUCUUUCUGCUGGGAGGUGGCUUUGCACUCGCCGAGGGCAGCAAACAAAGUGGCAUGGCCGAACUAAUUGGCGAGGCAUUGGAAGGCCUGAAGUCCUUGCCCCACGUUGUCCUUCUGCUGAUUGUCAUUCUGGUGGCCGUUUUCCUCACAGCCUUCAGUUCGAACGUGGCCAUUGCGAACAUUAUUGUGCCCGUGCUAGCGGAAAUGGCGCUGAAAAUAAAGGUACAUCCGCUCUAUUUGAUUUUCCCUGCUGGCCUGGCCUGCAGUAUGGCCUUCCACUUGCCCGUGAGCACACCUCCAAAUGCCUUGGUCGCAGGCUAUGCCCACAUUAGAACCAAGGAUAUGGCCAUUGCCGGAAUCGGUCCCACCAUUAUCACGAUCGUUGUACUGUUUGUGUUCUGUCAAACCUGGGCCUUUAUCGUCUAUCCCAACCUCGACACGUUCCCCCAGUGGGCAAUCGACGAGGCCAACAGAUCAACACACCACGGUUAAUUUACGCAUAAGAUUUAACAGAGACAGACAAAAAAAAAAUAGAAAAAUCAAACGGCAAGGGCAUGUUAGUGUGUAUUAAGUGCCUUUCUCUAAUGUUUACUCUCACUUGCCGGGGCGCUAGUUGUUAAAUGUUUAAUUAAUGUUGACACGAAUUUAGCGACAAAUGCAAAACAAAAAAAGAAGAAGAAUAACUCGGUUUCCACUAACGACGACUGCAUUUCUGUAAACUACAUAUAUUUUUGUAUUGUGUGUGUAAAUGAUGACAAUGAGGUGGAUUUUAUUUGAGAUAUCAACAUAUUUUAAAUUUAUGCAUUUAUCAAAAUAAAAAAGCGUCGUUUACAAAUUUUGAAUUCUACACAAGAGUGUUUCGUGAAAAAUUCGAAGAUACGCGCCGAACUCUGUUAAAAAGUAAUUUCAAAAUGUUACUUAAUGGUUGCAUUUAACUAAUAACAAUAACUGUUAAAUCAUAUAUAAAAAAAAAGGCAACACAAACGUAUUUUUCUACAAAACAUACUAUACAUCUAAAGAAACGGAUAGACAUACACAUAUUUAGCGCCUAGACUGAGAACGUACAGAAACAAAGUGUUAGAAUUACUCAAUAUAUUGAAGGCAGACAAAAACAAAAAAGCACACAAUUAGCGUUAACAUAAGUUUAAAUACUAGCGUGUAAUUUGCAGCAAAUUUAUGUUUUAUCUAGUUGUUAAAUCCAAAUAAAAAGCUCAAAUUGUA